AUGGAGUUUGCGCAAAAGGAUGGCGCCGAGGAGGACCUGUACGCGGCCUUUGAGCCGGACUCAGAAAUCGCGUUUGCCGCGUCCUCCAGGAACUUUUCUGGCGUCCAGCCGCAGGAGGCCGUUGGCGGCGGCGGAUUCCCAAACCCGCUGAUGCAGGCCCCGCCGUCAAAGUGGGGCGCCACGAGCAUCGGCUCUGCAUGGGGCGUUCCGGGGAGUCGGCUGGGCACCAUUGGCGGCGGCGUCGGGGCGGCCCGCCCAAUGACCUCCAACCGCGGAGUGGGUUUCAACGCCGCCUCCACGCAGUUUAACAACGGCGUCAUGUUUGACCCCACCGGUCAGGGUCGGGUGGCGAUGGCGAUGGGUCCUGCGCCGCCGCUGAAGAAGCGGGGCGAAAACAGCCCCGAAGAGCAGUGCGCGGAGGUUGAGAAGCUGAUCCAUAAGCUUAUUGAAGAAAGUGCGGUGCUAGCAUUGCAGAAGGACUACGGUGCGGCACUGGAGAAGGCAAAGGAGGCAAGCAAGAAGGAGCGUCAGUUGUGUAAGCAGCGGGAGCAGCUUGGACUUGCCGAUCAAAUUAAUGCCGACCUGACGUACGCGGUGCACUUUAACCUUGCGGUGCAGUAUCAAAAUCAUCAACUCUACGCGGAUGCUCUCAAUACGUACUCUCUCAUUCUCCGAAACCUACAAUUUCCACAGGCCGCACGUCUGAGGGUGAACAUGGGAAAUAUACACGUUGCCCAGGGUAGGUAUCUUCUUGCCAUUAAAAUGUAUCGUCUGACACUAGAUGAGACGCCUACCGCUUCUAGGGAGCUUCGCCACAAACUUUUGCGCAAUAUUGGUAACGCCUUUGUGAAGCUUGGUCAGUACCGUGAUGCCGUUGUCAGCUACGAGGCUAUCAUGGAGGGCAACGGGGACAUCAAUGCAGGCUUCAACCUAUUGCUCUGCUAUUAUGCUCUUGGAGAGCCAGAGAAAAUGAAGCGAACAUUUCAAAAGCUUCUAAACUGCAAAAUGAUGGGCAUUGAGGAGGAAGAAGACACAGAUGAGGAGAGGAAGGAUGUACUUGUCGACGAUGCACUUCGCAAGAAGACCAAGGAGGAUCGAUCCCACUUCUUGAAUUGCAUCAUGACUGCCGCCCGCCUUAUUGCCCCUGUUAUUGACAAGGAUUGGCGUGCGGGCUACGACUACUUAAUUGAGCGUCUUCGCCACUACGAGAUGCGUGAUUCCUCUUCCCACGUGGCAAGUGAACUAGAGAUGUGCAAGUGUCUUUACUACUUGAAGCAUAAGAGUUACAGGGAGGCCAUCGAUGGUCUGAAGGCGUUUGAGAAGAAGGAUAGACUGUUGCGCGCCCGGGCGGCGACAAAUUUGGCUUACCUGUACUUUCUGGAGGGUGAUUACGACAGCGGGGAGAAAUACAGUGACAUGAGCCUUGAGGCUAACCGCUACAAUGCCAGGGCACUAGUCAACAAGGGAAACUUUCUCUUCAUGAAGGGGGGCUAUGAGAAGGCAAAAAGUUACUACAACGACGCGCUUGCCGUAGAGGCCGACAACAUUGAGGCCAUCUACAACCUUGGUCUCACAGCCAAGCGUCUUGGCCUCUACGAGGAGGCGCUGAAGAUGUUUAAACGGGUACAGUCACUUGUGGACAGUCAUGAGGUGGUGUACCAGAUUGCCGACAUCAACGACCUCGUAGGCAGUCAACAUGCGACGGAGUGGUUCAGUCGUCUCAUUGGUCGCGUCCCGACAGAUCCAAAUGUUUUGGCACGCAUGGGCUCUCUCUCCGCGCGCGAGGGGGACGACAGUCAGGCCUUCCACUAUUAUUUAGAGUCGUACCGUUAUUAUCAAGUAAACAUGGAUGUCAUCUCGUGGUUAGGCGCCUACUUUGUGAAGAAUGAGGUUUACGAUAAGGCCAUUCAGUUCUUUGAGCGUGCCUCGCAAAUUCAACCUCUCGAAGUGAGAUGGCAGCUGAUGGUGGCGUCAUGCCAUCGACGUCAUGGGGAUUACGCUCAAGCCAAACGUUUGUAUGAGACUGUGCACCGCAAAUACCCGGAAAAUAUGGAGUGUCUGCGCUACUUAGUUCACCUGUGCAAGGAUGCUGGCCUCGUUGACGAGGCCAAUGAGUGGUUCAAGAAGAUCAAGAAGUUGGAGCAGCGCCAGCAGGAGGCGACGGAUGAGGCGGGGUCUCGGGAUGAGGAUGAGGACGCCAAGGGCGGGGCGCACGCGGCCGCCGGUCGACGCGCCGUUGCCCCCGUAAGCACUCGAGGGGGUGACCUGCUGAAGGAGGACGAUAUGGACGAGCCGCAAAUGGCCCUCGCUGAGGCCAAACCAGCGAACGACGACGACGACGACGACGACAUUGACCUGCCCGGACUUUGA